UGCACAUACACAUACACACACAGACAAUUAUGGACUGAUCUAAACUCUUUUUCGGUCACUGCUAGAGUGGAGAGAAAAGUUUUUGACUAACAUGAGGAAAGUCACAAUGCGGUUCGGAGAGAACUUCUAUCUGUUUUCGAUCAUUGUCAUCGUUUCACUGCUGGGGUUAGUAUACCUUAGCUUCACUUCUUCAAAAAGCAGUCGGCCAGAUGUUGCCACAACGACCCUAUGGUUGGCUCCAAUUGUGUGGGAGGGAACAUUUGAUCAGAAGUUGAUUGACAACAUCUACAAACCACGGAAUAUCACCGUGGCAACCACCGUCUUUGCAGUGGGGAAGUACGUACGCUUCCUGAAGGACUUCCUGGAAUCUGCAGAGCAGCACUUCAUGGUGGGCUACCGAGUGCAUUACUACCUGUUUACAGAUCGUCCGGACGAGGUUCCCACGGUAACACUGGGGGAAGGGCGUCAGUUGACCGUGAUAAAAACAGCAACCUCGAACCGCUGGCAGGAAAUCUCACUGCGCAGGAUGGAGAGAAUCGAGAAGCUCAUCGAGAAGGAACUCACCGGCAAGGCAGACUACAUAUUCAGUCUCGACGUCGACUCCAAAUUCUAUGCUCACUGGGGGGCGGAGUCUCUGGGCGACCUUGUCGGCGUGCUGCAUGCCUGGUAUUUCGGAUCAUCUCGGAAUCAUUUCCCGUACGAGCGGCGUCCUGAAUCUCAGGCCUUCAUACCUUUUGAAGAAGGAGACUACUACUACGGAGGUGCUGUGAUCGGAGGACGCCUCGACGAAGUGCACAAGCUGGCGAAGACGUGCCGCAUGCAGCUGGAUGUGGACCGAGCCAAUCACAUUGAAGCAAUAUGGCAGGAGGAGUCUCACCUGAACAAGUACUUCCUGUACAAUAAGCCCAGCAAGGCGCUCUCACCUGAAUACCUGUGGGACGACACAAAAUGGAAACGCAGCUACUUGAAAGUGGUGCGUUUCUCUCAGGUGGUCAAGAAUUACGCCAACAUCCGACCCAACCCUUAACGCACACUGUACCUCAGUAGGUUUUGCACCAGAUUGAUUACUUCAUGCUGUGAAUUACAUGAAUUAUCCAUAUAAUACGAUUCUUCAUGGAACAUAACUGAACUACGUUCGCUCAUCCUAGUACCCUCAUCUCUCAGGUUUCACCAACAGAACAGCAGGACUUUGCUUUCCCUUGGUAACACCACCUCUUUGUGGCAGUUAUCCCAACUGCAAUGUUCUCUCUCAAAGCUCUCACAUCCUAUAACAUGCUCAUAUUCUUGUUUUUUUGUUUGUUUUUUUUUACACCGGAGAUAAAAGAAUGCCCAUAAAUACCAUUAAACGCUGGCCUACAAUUCUUAA